ACUAAAAAAGUAUUCUACUCCUCGUAAUCUUCCCCGACUCAGCGGCCCCCACAAUUCAGGCUUGAUUCAGCACCAUGAUGGCUUCUCCACUAUUUUUGCUGCUGGCCUUAGCUCUCUACUUCUCUCCAUUGAAGAAGCAACAAAUUGUUGAACAUAUUUUGAAGGUUUCUGAAGCAGCAAUGGAGAAGAUGAAGGGAGAAAUAGGAGAGGAGGAGAGGUCCAAUUGUGAUAAUCAAGGAGAUGGAAAGCUGAAAGUCAGGAUUUUGGUGGUGGAUGAUUCUCUUCUUGAUAGGAAGGUUGUGGAGAGGCUGCUCAAUAAGAGUGAGGAAGGCUUUGAAGUGAUUACUGUUGACAAUGGAAAGAAGGCAAUGGAUAUUUUGGGCUUAAAUGAAGCGGAAACUGAACUAGCUGCAAUUAAUGAUCAGAGCAUAGACAUUGUUCUUACAGACUACUGCAUGCCAGGAAUGACUGGUUAUGAUCUCCUGAAGGCUGUCAAAGGGCAAAGCUUUCGAAAGCCAAUUCCUGUAGUGGUAAUGUCCUCUGAGAAUGAGCCUCAGAGGAUUAGCAGAUGCAGAGCAAUUGGUGCUGAGGACUUCAUCCUAAAGCCUAUUCAGAUAAAGGAUGUGCAGAGGCUGAGAAACUAUGCUAAGCCAAACACAUCGUCACCCAUUGUAGGUUCAAAGAGAAAAAUGAAACCACUUGAGCUUGCCACAGAAAGCGGCGGAUCGGAGAAGAGACCUCGGCUCGCCGGAGUCGUGGUUGCCUGAUUAAUCUCUCUAUACUUUACAGAACUGAGAGAAACAGUAAGCUAUCACUUUUGGCUCUGUUUUAUUUCUAAUAACUAUCUCAGCAGGUGAUAUUGUCAAAGGUCUGUGGAGUGUUCUCCUUAAUCUUUUGUUGUAAGUUUUUAAGGUUAUUAUUGUUGUAUUUGUGGUUGGGAUAUGGGGUUGUGAUUGGGGGAUUUUGUGUGAAUGUUCUGUCCAAUGCUUAUAAAUGGUGUAGAAAAAAAAAUAUUUUAAGAUGAUGGAUGAUUGUUUUUUGAUGCAUUGAUAAGCUGCUUUUACAGA